UUAACACAGGAUCCUCUGCUUUACACAAGUUUGAACUUGAAACCAUAUUGGCAUAUUAUUAAUACAGAGGCAUUGUGUUACUUAGCACCUAGAUGUAAAUAUUUACAACGAUUGGAUCUUUCAUGGUGUAACGGAUUUUCUGUCUCGGAUUUUGAAAACUUUCUUGAUACUUGCGGUAGUCUCUUAACACACUUACGAUUAAAUUGCUGCUCACAUAUCGAUGAUUUCGCCAUACUUAAAAUUUCGAAAAUAUGCAAAAAUUUGAAAGAAUUGGGUCUAUGUAAUUGUUACUUGAUAAACGAUGAGGGAUUCUCAUAUCUCGAAAAUUUGGAGUUUCUCGAGCGUUUAGAUCUGAGCAGAACAUGUAUAAAAACUCGAACUCUUUGCAAGAUACUGCAAAAAAAUCCACGAAUGCGUCACUUACACAUAAGAUACACUUGCGAGGUGGACGUAAACGAAGUUGCAGUGGAAUUGAAAAACUCGUGUCCAGAUUUGGAAAGUAUAGAUU